AUGUCUGCUGCUGCUUGUAUCUUCUGCAAAAUCAUCAAGGGCGAUAUCCCUUCCUUCAAGCUCUUUGAGAGCGACAAGGUCUUUGCCUUCCUCGACAUCCAGCCCCUCAGCCGUGGCCAUGCUCUUGUGAUCCCCAAGUACCACGGCGAAAAGCUGACCGAUAUCCCUGACGAGCACCUGCUUGAGAUUCUGCCCGUCGCGAAGAAGGUCGCUCAGGCCACUGGCGCCGUGGACUUCAACAUCCUGCAGAACAACGGCCGCAUCGCCCACCAGGUUGUUGAUCAUGUGCACUUCCACAUGAUUCCCAAGCCCAACGAGAAGGAGGGUAUGAGCAUUGGCUGGCCCUCCCAGGAGACGGACAUGGAUAAGCUCAAGGCUCUCUACGAGGAUAUCAAGUCGAAGAUGUAA